CCUGCCAUCAAUGCUGCCUGGGAUGAUAUUACUUAUGCUUCUGGUAAAUCGUCUUCAAAUAGACCCAGUUCUAUUAAACACGAGGCUUACCAUCCAGCUGAAAUAGUUGAUUUGGCUGACGAGCUCGGUGGUGGUUACAUGGGCUCAGUGGAAGUUUUGCAUCAGCUACAUUGUUUGAAUAUGCUCCGCCAAGCUAGUUACGAGGAUUAUUACAAGGAUAAACCGGGCCCGUGGGAGGAUAGCCCGCAGAUUCUACGGCAUCAUCUUGAUCAUUACAUUGAUAUCCUCCGACAGAAGCUUUCACUUGCCAAAUUGUUGAUAUAUGAUGCGGACGUUGGUAUUCUGACAUAUAUCUGGGUGAGGGGGUAUAAAACCCCAUUUCUAGACUUCAAUAUCUAUAAAACGACCUCCUCCGUCCCUUUCCCACUCCAGCAAUCAUAA